UCCUCCAAUGUAUUGAUGAAACCCUAAGAAAUAUGACAACCUAAUUGCAUAUUGCUUCUGGUAACAGCUGCUUUUGAAAAGGAUUUUCUUAUGUCCAAAGUGCGAAUACACAUAUGACUGGUUCCCAUUAUGGAGAUAAAUACGCAAAUUCCUGCAAACUUUUCGCGUCAAUUCUCUAUUUAAAGCUUCAGUCAAGAUUUUGCGAAACAAUUGUCAACCGCAAGACGUAACAGUGCAGAUCAUAAAAGACCACACUGGGUUUGGUGAAGUAUAAUAUAAAAACUCUCUACUGAAAAAUUAUUUCGAAGCCUCAUUUAACUGAACCGAGAACCUGAAAACAAUCAUCACAAUGGCUAGCUAUCAAAAUCUACCGUUAUAUUCAGUGAAUAUAAAAGCUUUUGUUAAACUAGGACUCAUCGAGUCAAACAACUCGACCAGACGCUUUCUGUUAGGCAUAAUAAUAAUAGUGACUUAUAUCGGGCAAUUGACAAAUAUGUUUAGGACAUGGGAUGUGGAUAUUGGCGAGACGGGUAUGAAUUUCCACGUAUUGGCGCUUGUGACGCAUUAUUUGCUACGUUUUAUAAUCAUUGUGAGAAAGGAAAAGAAAUUUGAACGACUCUUUCAAGGCAUCGAGCCGUGGUACACAGAUAUCGAGCGCCAUGGAGAUCCACAUAUAGUCAGCAUAUUACAGAAAAUAACACAGAAGACUCAGAGGCUGACACGCUUGAGCUUCUAUGCUUCUGUUGUAGCAACGUUAGCCACUUUCAUAUAUUCGUUAUCAUUUGACGAACGCAGACUUCUAGUGACCGUGCAAUACCCAUUCUUCGACGUUCUCCAAACACCAUUCUUUGAAUUCUUCUUUCUCAUACAAAUGGUGUGGUUAGUGCCGACAUCUUUGUUAGUUUAUCUGUCAUUUACGAAUAUUUUCCUCACAUCUCUGAUGUUCGGCGAACUGAUCUUAAAGGAUUUGUGUUUGAAGCUAAGAAAUAUACGCAGUGAAAAUGAGAUGACCAUGUUAAAAGAGUUUAAGGAUUGUAUUGCAUAUCAUAAUAAAAUUAUCGAUUUGUGCGAUGAUAUCGAAGAUUUGAUUUCAAUGGAUGCAUUCUUUCACGUGACGUCCUUUGGUAUGAUGCUAUGCAUGCUGCUCUUCUUCCUCUCAAUGAUAGAUGAUCUCGAACUUAUUCCAGCGGUGCUGGUAAUGAUGGGUUUUGACAUGUAUUUGAUUGGCUUUUCCUAUUAUUACGCAAACAAUCUUGCUACUGAGAGUCUAGAAGUUGCCAAUGCCGCUUACGAUACCCCCUGGUAUAGAGGAAAUUUGGAAAUGCGUAAAUGUGUCCUUAUUAUGAUCGCAAGAUCUCAAAAUCCUCUACAGAUCACGGCUGGUGGACUUUACCCGUUGACUAUGGAGAAUUUUCAAGCAAUUUUACGUAUUUCAUAUUCAUAUUUUUCACUGCUACAAGGGGUCAGUCAACAGUAAUCCCACAUAAAUGCUGUAUUAGUGCACUGUAGUUCAAAACUUACUUAAACACGAUUUAAAUACAAGACCGCAAACUGUAUUUUUUGUUUGUGAGAGGCUGUAGAUAUAAUAAAGUUGCAAUAAAUAGCGCUACAA